GUUGCACAUAAGCCCCACUCCCAUCGCAGGGGUGAGUAGUGUGUCCCUGCUGACCCCACAGGCUGAGCCCUGGUUUUGUGGGAUCCAUUCCUGGGAAAUGCAAAUAUUUCUCUUAAGGUCCCCUGAGAAGGAAGAACAAACCUACAGGAGACAGUAAGUCCCUGGAGGAAUCCAAACAUCUGGAACAAAUCCUGAGUGAUGUGGAGAGACGCCGUGAUGCAGCCGGCACCUCUACACAUGCUGACAAGACCUGGAAAAGCAUGAGAAGAGUUUUCUGCUGAGGAACACCUUGUUUGGUUAAGUUGAUGGCCAUUGUGCUUGGUGCAGCACUUUGCCUGAUGAUUUGCUCUGCUGGAAUCUGGUAUUGCUGGAAGAGAAAAUGUCCAUGACUCCCAGAGUGAAGAAAUGUCCAACAGCAGCUCCAUCAGCCACUUCCUCCUGCUGGCACUGGCAGACACGCGGCAGCUGCAGCUCCUGCACUUCUGCCUCUUGCUGGGCAUCUCCCUGGCUGCCCUCCUGGGCAACGGCCUCAUCAUCAGCGCCGGAGCCUGCGGCCACCACCUGCACACGCCCAUGUUCUUCUUCCUGCUCAACCUGGCCCUCAGCCACCUGGGCUCCAUCUGCACCACUGUCCCCAAAGCCAUGCACAAUUCCCUCUGGGACACCAGCACCAUCCCCUACUCAGCAUGUGCUGCUCAGCUGUUUCUGUUUCUCUUCAUCUCAGCAGAGUUUUCCGUUCUCACCAUCAUGUGCUACGACCGCUACGUGUCCAUGUGCAAACCCCUGCACUACGGGACCCUCCUGGGCAGCAGAGCUUGUGCCCACAUGGCAGCAGCUGCCUGGGCCAGUGCCUUUCUCAAUGCUCUCAUGCACACGGCCAAUACAUUUUCCCUUUCCUGA